UGUUGAUGAUUUGCUCUUGAUCGCUACAGCGUGACCGCUCUUCACUUUAGCCUGGGGGGAAGUGUUUAGAAUAGAAUAACGGUGCACAUCGAACUUUGCAUAAGAAAACUCGGUCCUGCCAGAUUAAAGCGGACUCGGCACCUGACUCUUGAACAGUAAGGAUCCACGCAAACCCACGUCUAACAGUUUUGACACUGACACGCAAUCAGGAAGACAAGGCGUGUUUUCUUUAAACUGCCAAACCUAACAGGAGUUAGUUCACCUCACAGUAUUUAGUUUGGGCUGUCUUACAAAGAGGCGAUCCUUAUGCGUAUCCGUAUGGCUUAUGCGAAUUACGACGAUUUGGUACGAGUGACAGAGAGUUUGAGGCACCCGAACUCCUACCAAGCCGAGGGAAAUCCUUUAACGGCGGGGAUCUAUUCGCUACUCAUUCCUAACAGUGAAGAUGAGCUACAACAGACACUGAUUGAAAUGGAUAGCUACCUGUGUUCCUCCGGUCCGGAAACCCCGCUGGAAUCACCACCAAAUGCAGACCCGUCGCAACCAAAGUUCGAAGAAGGGGUAAAAAGAGACUGUCGCUUUCCUGAACCUUUGGCCAGUGUAUCUAAUCCUGUACAAGCAGCACCUGUAGCUUCUCGUAACUUAAAGCUUGAGUGGCCACAAGUAACUCUUCAAACCACGACAACCACUAGUACUACAUCGAGCGAUCCGCGGAGCGCGUUUAGUUCCACUACACAACAAGCCUUUCCUACUUCAUUCUCUGGCAGUGAACUGGAACUCAACCAUGCGUUUCAUUGUGAUUUUCCCGGUUGUAAAAAGCGCUACACGAAGAGCUCGCAUCUUGGGACUCACAAGCGGAUUCAUACCGGGGAGAAGCCCUUCCUGUGUCCGUGGGAAGAUUGUGGGUGGUGUUUCCGCAGAUCGGACGAACUUAAGCGGCACUAUCGACGGCACACUGGAGAAAAACCCUACGUGUGUCCUCUUUGUGGAAGGUCUUUUAGCCGUUCGGAUCACCGAUCUUCUCACAUAAAGAAAAUACAUCCGCUAAUGUAGGACACUGCAAUAAAUUGUACAAAGUGCUCAGUUGUUCAGGUACGCGACGCAUUUCAUAACAUGGAGAAAUAACGACUCACAAUUUGCUUAAUCAAGUAUUGUAUAUCCAAUUUGUAUGUUACAUUGUGAAAUUAUGAUUAUUUAGUUUAUGUAAUGAGAAUGAGCGUCGUUCAGUCGCAUGAAACAGCAUUAUUUAACAAAAUUGUUAAACAAAUAGUAAAUAAUUGUACAUACACUCUUAUCCUAAGCCCAUGUCGCGAAGUUAUUGACAUUAAUUAUUUUAUUAAUAUGCCUGAAGUGAAACUCUUAUUUGCUCGAGGAAACUCUCUCUUUUUAUUCGUGGGACGUCAUUCAAACAUUGGUAUAAGAUUGGAAGACAUUAUAUUGUUUUAUCAUGAUGAUAAUUUAAAUAUAUUCAUGGCCACGAGUCUAUGAGCGGAGCGGUGAUUUUUCAGACAUUGAGAGUACCAACUCACUCCGUGGUAAAAGAAGUAACAUUUUUAACCGCCAGCCGGUCAACGAUGACUUAUUGCUGUAAUUAACCUGUUAUAAGAAAGAUUUCUAUGAGGGAACACGGGGGCUGGCUCCAAAUGUUAUGGUAUUUAGUAAUAAACCAGUAGAAUUGUAAAAUCGUGUUUUUCUGCCUUUAAACAAUCUGAAAAGACUCCGGCCGUAGACAAAGCGUAGACAAACCCAUUCCUUCUUGUCGAGGUGUGGAGCUGUAGAAGUGUUGAAUUGUGAAGAGCUUUGGUCAACACGUCUUUGUAAUUUAACAGACAUAACUCUGAAAUUAUCGCCAUUAAACAAACUGCCAUGUA